AUGCGUACAUUUAAGAGUGAGUCUAGCGGCGUGCCAGGGAGCGAGUUGCUGUCAGUAUUGAUGGGUCCGGAUGGGAGCCAGACGAAGUUGGACGAUUGUGUGGCACAGGUAGUUACGAUACGCGCGGGUGGCGGCGAGGUGACGGCUUUGGUGUUGGCGCCCGAGACGGCGUUUGAGGUGGAGGUGGAGACAGUCGGCGAGCGAACGCCGUUGACGAUGGAGACGACGGUGGUGGAAGGCCGGGAUUACGACUGGUUCGAGCACUGGGACCGAAUGAUGGUGUGGCGCCCGAAGGAGGGGCCCAGUUGCGACGCGCGCGCGGAGGCGGCGCUGCUGAGCACUCUACGGCGCCGGCUGGACCGCGACGGGCCUCGAGACAAGCCCGAGGCUGUGGACGCGCUGUGUCGCGAGAUCUUUGGCGAACGCCUGCACGACGUGCACGCCAUCCUGAACGGGGUUGGUGAGAUGCAGCGUCGAGACCAGGUGGACGACGUCAUCGUGGCUGUCACCCGGCCGAUAGACCCGUCGGAGUUGGAGGGGCUCUUGGCCCAG